AUAGUGCUGGGGCAAGCCUCGCAGUGCAGGUAUUAAACCCCCCAGAGAGAAUUGUUUAAGGAUUCCAAGGGCAAUUGCGAGACACUUCGCUGCGAGAUGUUCGAGAGCAGAGGCGGUUAAGUCUUAUUUAAGCCCGUCCACCAGUAUCCGUCAGGGGGAAAAAAAGCCAACAGUUCUCUGAUAUUCCAGAAAAAGUUGAAUACGAAUUGGAAACGGUUUUAAAAAAGAGUGGGGACAUGUUCAAUUGAAGUUAGAAAGUCCUCGACUCUGCCAGGAUCAUCUGCUGCACCUGCGCUGGAAAGGUCUCUUGAACAUCCGUUGAGGGAGGAGAGGUUGGAGCAGUGGGAGUUGACCUCGCUACCCUAGAGAUGGCAGACGUUUGGCAAUUAGACUACCCAGAAAUGGAGCCGGUCGUAGAUGAAAACAGCUCCAGCAGCUCAGCCAAUCUGGAUGACAGCCUGACGAGCCUCCAGUGGUUACAGGAAUUCUCCAUCAUCAAUGCAAACAGCAAUCAGAAUGCCAUGUCUGCUUCUGCUCAUUCGUACCACGACCUGUACGGGCACCAACAAUUUAUUGGCUCUGAUGCCCCUGCUUCCCCUCUUGCUGCAGACCCGGCAUCCAUGGGCAUGCCUCACACCCCUGGAAGACCUACCUCUGCGUCCAUCUGCAGGGCUGAGCAUCCUUUUUGCCAGCCCCUCGAAGAAAUAGACUACCGGAACAAUCCUCGGGUCAAACCACCCUACUCCUAUGCCACCCUGAUCUGCAUGGCCAUGCAAGCCAGCAAGAAGACUAAAAUCACAUUGUCGGCCAUUUACAAGUGGAUCACGGACAACUUCUGCUACUUCAGGCAUGCGGACCCAACCUGGCAGAACUCCAUCCGGCACAACCUGUCACUGAACAAGUGCUUUAUCAAGGUGCCCAGAGAGAAAGAUGAGCCUGGCAAAGGUGGCUUCUGGAAGAUUGAUCCUCAGUAUGCAGAUCGCCUUCUGAAUGGCGCCUUUAAAAAGAGAAAGAUGCCUCCUGUUCAGAUCAACCCAGCCUUCCAGGACCGCAUUCGGCCCAUGCCCACCUUGGCUGCCCCUCUUCCCAGCUCUGACCCAGCCGGCCAAUUUCACAUCAGUCUGGAGUCUCAGCAACUGCUCAAAGAGUUUGAGGAGGUCACUGCCGACCAGAACUGGGAUCCUUGUGAAUCCGGGAAGGCUGGGCACAAACGGAAGCAGCCGCUGCCCAAAAGAAUGGUCUUCAAAGCUCCACGGCGUUCCAGCUCUCCGAUGUUUAUGGCUGAGGAGCAAAAAGAGCUGGGCUCUCUGAAGGGAGACUUCGACUGGGAUGCCAUCCUGCACAGCGCCCUGAGUGGCGAAUUAGAUGACAACCUGGACAACGUGCCUCCGCUCAGUCCCAUCACACCAGAUAUGGACCUAACCAUCCGCGGGAGACACAUUGAUCGGCCCCAGCAGUGGAGCCCCCUGCACAAUGAUGAGCAUGUUUUGUCCGAAACACUCCAGGAUAAUGUAGACUUUGACGAGGAGACCUUCCUGGCCACCGCUUUCCUCCAGCACCCCUGGGAGUCAAAUAAAAAUGACAUUCUCUCGUUCUCAGCCAUCAACCUGGAGCAGCUCUUUGACCUCAAUGACCCCUUCUCAAACGAACUUAGCGACUGUAGCAGGAUAGACUCGCUUCUGUGAAGCCCUGGUCCCCAGCCUACAGACACUUGUGUGCAUACUGAAGAUGGGCAUGCCGCCCUGACACCACGGGCCAUAUCGGGAACGGACAGCGCAGGAGCGGGCACCACAUCGCCCAUGUCUAGACAUCUGCUGCUGGCACCAUUUGCACAGGAUCUGUGUGUGUUCACUCUCUGCAAGAAAGUCUUCCUAUGACAUUCAUGGAGGGUUGGGAGGGGGGUAUUGGGUGUGGGGGGACAUACAUGAGCUGUUAUUCUGUGCUUGUGAGGUUUAGGUCAGUGUAAACAGAAAGGAACUGAACUUUGAUCCUCAUGUGGUGCCCCAGCUUUGUGACACGUCAAUAAGAAAGAAAAAAAAAAUGAUAAAAAUGUGUUUCUUCAAGGGACUCGAGACAAAGCCACCAUUAAGUUUAACAUGGAGAACAUGGCGCCCCCUGAUGGCAGCUUUAGGAAGUGAACUAAUGUAAUGAUCAAUCCAUGUCUUAUCCACUAAAUGUGUGACUUGUGUGAGCAACUUGAGCUUUUUUUUUUUUUUAUUAUUUUUAUCAUAGGGGAUAUAAGGAUUAGAUAACUCUAUUUAAAUAUAUCCAUCUGUAUAGAGUCCUUUAUAUAACAUAAAUAAAGAGCAUUUGGACAGUUGAUGUCAUGUCGUGUUUUGUGUUUUAACUAUAAAACCCCAACAUCACAGUCAUCUGGUCACUUGCCUUUUCAUUUGUGUCACUGUUCCCCAAACAUACAAUUUGCAGGCAGGUUAACAUGCCUGUGAAGCCCCAUGUCACCGUCACUACUUGACUAGCAGCCCAGAGCUGGACACUGUGAGUGUGCUGGUGACCACGCCCACAUAGGUGGAGGGCGUGGCAAACAGUGAUAACAAGCAUCUUCAAAUUGCCUGCAUAGAAGAAACUUUUCUGUUUUUUCUGGCCAUGGCCUUGCGUGGCUCAUCAAUAUUCCUUCCAUUCACAAACCCUGUCACUAGCAGAGUUACACAUUAAACUAAUAAGUAAAGUAAAAUGAAAGCUGUAACAAAAGAAUACAGAAAAGAGCAGUGCAUUGGGUAUUGUUGGAGCUUCACAACUUUUAGCACCUGCAUGGGGUCAAUACCAGGGAUUAUUAUAUGCUUAACUACUGUAUAUUAAAAACCAUUUUAAUGUUUUUAUGUUUGUUCAUCAACCAAUCAAAAUGGCUGAACCAUUGCCAUUGUUAGAAAAAUAUUUUAAUUAUUGUUUCUUGUGGGCUUUUACUUUAUCAACAUAUCAAUUUACC